ACAUCUUAACGUGGUUACCUCACUUCCUUCUCGCGAAAGAGAGAGCGGGGAAAUUUGACGGCCCUUCUUUGGCAGAGUGAUCAAAUUGCUUUGACUUGUUUGUUAUUAGAAAAGGAGUAUUUGCUUUGGUUUGUUUCCCUCUGUAAAACGUUUGGUUAUUGUUGGCCAUUUAUUGCCGUCUGACUGACAAUGAGGACUUUAGAGGAGGUGCGGGCCACUCUGCAGAUCGCCAAACUCAAAGAGGAGGACUUACAGAAAACUAUCCACUGUCUGUCCUUUGGGCCAAACGUUUCAUCUGCGGACUACUGCCUGAUGGAGCUCGACGACACACUCUGCAAACACAUCGAGGCUGGCCAAAGUCUAGUGAUUCGGGGCGAUAAAGACGAACAUGCAGUGGUUUGUAGCGACGACAAGACCUACAGUCUAAAAAUAGCUGACACAUCCAACCUGCUGCUGUUUCUUCCUGGAUGCAGAACACCAGACCAGCUGACCGACACCGAGGACAGCUCUCAUGUUGUGCACGCUCAGAUAUGGGGGUUUUGUAACAGCUACUGGGAACUGAGGAAACAGCGACCAAGACUGAAGAAGCUAAAGAGGCUUUUAAUGGAAAAUCCUUACGAAGGACCUGCGUUAGGAGGGCAGCAGGAGAAUACAGAGAACAGGUACACAAUGCAGGAUCUGCUGGAGAGGAUUCAGGCCAGUGAAGAGGAGAUAAGGACACACUUAGAGACCAUCCACGCCUGUCAGAUAGAUGGCUACUGGCGCGUUCUGGACUUUGACUAUGAGAUGAAGCUGCUUGGUCAUGUGACUCAGCUGGUGGACUCUGAGUCUUGGGCCUUCAGCAGGGUUCCCCUUCAGACCAGUUUAGAUGAGCUGGCCCCACUCGAGCCCAGAGAGAUGAUCGAGCACUGUUUGAACUGCUAUGGGAAACGCUAUACUGAAAAUGAUGAAGUGUUUUAUGCACUAAAUGAGGACAAAGUCUGUUGGGGUAUAGCACUGAUGCUGCUGCACAAUGCUGUCAAGUUCAACCUGAAGGAGUUUCAGGAGGUCUGGCAGCAGAGCGUCCCAGAGGGCAUGAGUACAAGACUGGACCAGCUAAAGGGCAUUGCCCUGUUGGACCGCACUUCCCGCCCGGAGACCAUCUGCCUGCUGCGUGUGGAGGACCUCCCAGAGGACACGGUGGAACGCUUUAACCACCUUUUUACACUCCGAGAGAAAUGGACAGAGGAGGAUAUAACACCAUACAUACAAGAUCUGUGUGGAGAGAAACAGACCACCGGAGCCCUCCUGACCAAAUACGCUCGGUCUUCAAUGCAAAAUGGGAUCAAGGUUUUCAACUCCAGAAGGCCCGUGGCUACGUGAACACCCCCACUGUAAAGUUAUUUUUACUGUUUGAAAAUGUAUCCAUGUGAAUCUGUUCAUUUCACCCUGUCACUUUUUUGAUGCUCUGUGAAAAUCUGUUUGCUAAAAAUGCCUGUUAGCACGUUUUCAGCUGCUCCUUUUUAUCUCAUGUGUAAAAUCAUUGAAUAAUAAAGUUAUCAGAAAAACAA